UGUCACUUUCUCGCUCUUUUGCCGUGUUUUGUUGCUAGUGGUCACACGUGUGCUGCGUUAAAAUCCCGAAAAAUCAUGGAUAAGUCCGUCGUUUUGGCUCGCGUCAUCAAGGUCCUCGGCCGUACCGGUUCCCAGGGCCAGUGUACCCAGGUGAAGGUGGAAUUCAUCAGUGAACAGAACCGCCAAAUCAUCCGCAACGUCAAGGGUCCAGUCCGCGAAGGUGAUAUCCUAACGCUGCUGGAAUCCGAACGUGAAGCCAGAAGAUUGCGAUAAGCUCUGCCGUGCCGUGGAAUUCCGUUUAGGAUUUAAGACGAUACCGGGGAAGGAGCUGGUUUCCGUUCUGACCUCAACUGGAUGGGGGUUAGAUUGUUCCAGUGACAACAAAUCCGUAAAAUUAAUUUUCAAAGGGAUCUAAUAAAGAGGAAGGAUGUGAAACCAGCGCAAGUU